CACGCAGGCCCUGCUUCCCUCGGCAUCUACCCGCUAUCCCGGUUCUUUGCACUGAGGACGGGCAUCUACCCGCUAUCCCGGUUCUUUGCACUGAGGACGCUCCCGCUCGCUCGCAUCGCCAGAUGAGACAAGGCGGCGGCGCGCAGGCUCCACAAGGCCUCCGCUCUCCUUGACAGACCCUCCCUGGUCUGAAACCUCAAGAUGGCCUCCAGCUCAGCCAGCGACCCCCGCCCAGCUCCUGAUGAAAAUGAGUUUCCAUUUGGUUGCCCCCCAGCUGCUUCCAAGGACCCCUCAGAACCCAGGGCUCUCUGCUGCACCACCUGUCUCUCUGAGAAACUGAGAGAUGGUGAAGAUCUGAUCUGUACCAAAUGCAAAGCAGAAAACCUCCAACCUGUGAGCCCAGGAAGCCUUCUGACUCAGGAGAAGGUUCACCCUGAGGUGUCUGAGGCUGGAGUCCUGUGUCCCUUUGCAGGUGUUGGCUGUUCCUUCAAGGGGAGCCCACAAUCCAUGCAGGAGCAUGAGGCCACCUCCCAGGCUUCCCACCUGCACCUGCUGCUGGGGGUCCUAAAAGAGUGGAAGUCCUUGUCAGGCUCCAACCUGGGCUCCACGCCCAUGGCCCUGGAGCGGAACCUGUCAGAGCUGCAGCUUCAGGCAGCCGUGGAAGUGACUGGGGACCUGGAGGUAGACUGCUACCGGGCACCUUGCUGUGAGAGCCAGGAUGAGCAGGCCCUGUGGCACCUCCUGAAAGAGAAGCAGUUGGCUCAGCUGGAGGAGAAACUGCGUGUGUUUGAAAACAUCGUGGCUGUCCUCAACAAGGAGGUGGAGGCUUCCCACCUAGCACUGGCCGCCUCCAUCCACCAGAGCCAGCUGGACCAAGAGCACAUCCUGAGCUUGGAGCAGAGGGUGGUGGAGUUACAACAGACCCUGGCCCAAAAGGAUCAGGUCCUGGGCAAGCUAGAGCAGAGCCUGCGGCUCAUGGAGGAGGCCUCCUUCGAUGGCACUUUCCUGUGGAAGAUCACAAAUGUCACCAGACGGUGUCAUGAGUCAGUGUGCGGCAGGACUAUCAGCCUCUUCUCUCCAGCUUUCUACACAGCCAAGUAUGGUUACAAGCUGUGUCUGCGAUUAUACCUGAAUGGGGAUGGCUCAGGCAAGAAGACCCACCUGUCCCUGUUCAUUGUCAUCAUGAGAGGAGAGUAUGAUGCCCUACUGCCCUGGCCAUUCCGGAACAAGGUCACAUUCAUGCUACUCGACCAGAACAACCGUGAACACGCCAUUGAUGCCUUCAGGCCUGACCUGAGCUCGGCCUCCUUCCAGCGGCCGCAGAGUGAGACCAACGUGGCCAGUGGCUGUCCGCUCUUCUUCCCCCUCAGUAAGCUGCAGUCGCCCAAGCACGCCUACGUAAAAGAUGACACAAUGUUCCUCAAGUGCAUUGUGGACACCAGUGCUUAGGGAUGGGGCAAGUCUCCUGAGGAGAACCAACUCAGACUAGGGGACUUAGCUGAAUAGGCCUCCAGGCCCUGCCCUUGGAGCCCCCAGUGCAAGACAAGGAUGGGCUGCAGCUGGUGUGACCGGAGUCCCACAGCGGCUUGGUUGUGGCUACGGGGAGAGCAGGGGACCUGGAGCUGUGCCUGCAGAGACGGAGUAGGGAAGGCAAAAGUGCUCUCUUCACACAGACUACGUAACGGCAGGAGACAGGCACACCAGCAGGCUGGCACACCAGGAGGCAGGCACACCAGGAGGCAGGCACACCAGGAGACAGGCACACCAGGAGACCAGCACACCAGGAGACCGGCACACCAGGAGACCGGCACACAAGCAGACCAGCAUGCCAGCAGGUCCUGAAUGUUGAGACCACCUUAAAAGCCUGAGGCAUGGAUGUUGAGCCAAGGCUGUGGGGCCUAAGCAGAGGAGCACUCCUACUGGGAAGGUCUCUGUAGGCCAGUGGAAACUGGAAACAUGUCCAGUCUCUUUGUCCAGACUCAGAUCUAGGACCACAGGCAGAAGGGUCAGAAGCUAGUGUGAGUUUGUCCUGCCCGGGGCUGGGUUCCUAUGUUAACAGAUAAAUCCGGAAGCUGUACCAGGAAAGGCUUGCUGGUUGGAUUCGAAGACCUUUGAUGUUGUUACAGACGAAACAAAUAAUAAGCUUCCUGUCCCUGGUGAGGCUACAUUCACAAAGGACUCUGGAGAAAUACCCAGGAUCCUCAUAUCCUUCCAGCUCCCCACUCUCCUAACCUUGCAGCCCAGGUUCCCAACAGACAGGAGCACACCCAGGUCAUGUAAAGAUCUUGCCAUGCAAAUCAGGGGCAGGUGUCCAAGACACGGCAUCUCCACUGCUGCUCACAGAGCGUCCAGCCAACGUGAGACUGCUACACUCCUGGGGACCGCUGUUCCUCCAUCCAUGCAUCUUCCUGCCGGAAAGUGUCCUCGGCAUUCCUUCCCUCCCUUCUUCCUGCCCCCCCCCCCACACACCGCUCCCUCUCAAAAGUCUCCGGUAGCCCUCACGGGUUUCAAACUCACUCUAUAGUCAAGGAUAGUGUUGAAUUCCUACUUCUCCUGCCAGCAGCCCCCAAGUGCUGAGAUUGUCGGUGUGUGUUCCCUACCUGGUUCCAUGAAGUGCUGGGGACAAUUUCUGCUCCUGGGCAGCUGUGGGUAGCACCCACGCCCAGCCCUGCCAGAGAAACAGUGAGACAUGCAGCCCACUCUCCUGAAUCUCCUAGUUUUCAGCAGAGCAUGAUCACUAAAUUAGGGUGAUGGGGAAAGCACGGGUUCCGCUGGACAAAUCAGGGAGGGCCUCGCCGACGUGAGCUUUAAACCAGCCUGAACCACAUUAAAAUCGGGAAGAUCUGGGUGUGGAGGAGAGGACAGCCUUGGAGGGAUAGGACGCGUCUUGGCUGCAAGCAGGGGUUGAGUGACCAACGGCCGAAGGGGAAGGCAGAAAGGCUGGGUCAGGCAGAACACAGACAGGCCAGCUGGCCAGAACACAAUCACCAAAUGCUGAGCAGUGGCGCACCUGCAGGGCCCUUGGCCUGUUAGCAGAGGAUGAGAUAAUGGCGUAAACAGAUCAUUUAUCUUCCAGAGAAUCCUGUGCUUAUCUCUUCCAGGAGACUCAGGGGUCAGGGAAGCAAGCUGCUGGUAAAUCCUGCUUCACCGGAUCCUCACGACCCCCACUGUGGUACCCAAGCUUGUGCCCAUUUACAGAUGGGGACGCUAAGGCCAAAGAACCAUGGCAGGGGCUGGCAAUUCAAGCCCCAUUUUUGGUGUCCAGCUCCCCUCCCUUCCAGCAGGUUUUCUUCCAGUGACACCUCUAACUACGACAAGGUUGCAUCUCCAUCAGUCCUGAGAAGGUGACAGGUUCUUCACCAAGCCUGAGGGACAACUCUGCAGGACAAUGCCAAACCCACAGUGGCCCGGGAAGCAAGCAGUGGCCCUGACAACAUUUGCUCAGAGGCCACAUUGUCAUGUCCACAGGUGACCCACAGAAAAUUAUUGAAGUGGGAACGCCCGUGAUUCAUGCCUUUAACCUGGAGGUUCUACGUAGGUGAGAAACACUUAGAGAAAAGCUGGAAAAGUAGCCCUGGUCAGGAAGAAAAGUCAUCAUGAUCCCAGAGACUAGAGAGCGCUGCUUGGAAGAGUUUAGUGAGUUUUCUUGUGUUUUAAAAACAGUAUUUUAUAGAUGGAGAAACAAACUCGGAAAGGUCAGAUCAUUUCUCAGGGGCAAACAGGCAAUAGGCAGAUCUCAGCCAGCAGUCAGGGGCUCACUGCUCACUGUGGUACCCUCCCGGGGACUGAGGCAAGUGGUAUGGAGGCAAAUGGGAAGGGGCAAGCCCCCUGGAGCAGCUGCCAGCCAGCCCCUCAGGUUCCCUCUGCAGUAGAGGUGCCCGCCAUUUGCAGCACUCUGACUUUGGGGGAGGCUUCUUGUGUGGGAUCUCCCAAGGACCCUGUGCCAGGAGCUGGAUUCCAUUUGCCUCCACAUCUGGGGCCUGCACGCACACACACAUGUAUGUGGUUAAGCAGAGUGCAUACAUGUGGCACACAUGAGAUUUAUGGAGCACAGCAGAGGGGGCUGGAUAAGACAGUCACCUGGGCCACGGGCAUUCUGCUGGGGCCUUUCCUCAAGCCCCAGCCAUCUCAAAGCCUUUUUCUCCUGGCAAAGUCCAAGAGAUGCAGUGCUAACAAAACUGGCCAGAUCCCACCAGAGAGCAAUAGCGAAGUUUAUAGUGGGACAGCCGCUAGGCCAGGCCACCUAUCAAGUUAGUAGCUUCUCCUCUCUGAUGGGCGGGGAGGAGGUCAGCUGAACCAUUUUCCCACCCUGCCUAUGGCCUGCAGGCCAAUGGAAUAGCUGGAUCCAUUCCCCCAGCAACAGGGACUGUACUCUUGCAGAGUUAGCAGAGGUGCCCCCCUCUUGUCUAUCUGUCUCUCUGUCUGUCUCUCUCUCUUUCUCUCUCUCUCUCUCCCCCCCUCGUGUGUGUGUAUGUGUGUGCACACAUACAUGUACAUGUAUGUAAAGGUGCUUGUAGGGGAACGCAUGUGUGGAGGCCGGAGGUCAGUCUUGAGUGUUGUUCCUCAGGUGGUAUCACCUUGUUUUUGGAGACCGGGUCUCUCACUAUGACCCAGAGCUCACAGAUUUGCAAGGCAGGCUUGCAACAGGCCCUGGGAAUCCACCUGUUUGUCCCUCUGCAAUGUCAGGAUUUCAAGCAAACACUAGUACUCCUGGCUUUUUAUGUGGUCACUGGAGACUGAACUCAGAUCCUCACAUUUGGGCAACAGGCACUUGGGCACCAACUGAACCAUCUUCCCAGGCAGGUCCCUUUGCAGAGGUUUUAGAAGAACCUGGAGGUGCUGAGGGGCCACUCAGGGAAGCAUCUCCUCUAAAAAGGCCAAGCCACUGUGGGCUUAGGCCUUACUGGAAAGCCCAGGAGCCUUCUGGUGUCACUCUGUGUGGGAGAGUCCCUUGUACACAAAACUGAUCUCUCUGUAUACUCUCAACCCACGCACAACUCCAUGUCUGUAGAAGAGCCCAGCCUAGCGGUGCGAUGGAACCCCCUGAGACAUGAGCUCCUCCCUGCUGCCACCGUCCUGGGAAGUCAGUGCCCCAGACACACCUUGUAAUGUGGGGGUGAUAAGUGCGCUCCCAACCAAGGCCCUCGGAGCAUGUGGCGUGCCGUUUCUUUCUGUGUAGGUUAAAGCAAUCUGUCGCUGUCUCUGGGCUCUGCCCUCUGGCCAGGCGGGUGAUAGUAGACACAGACCUUGAGUGCCAACCUUAUCAGAAGCCUGUUUUCGCUAUGCCUUAGUUCCCCCAUCUGUUAAAUGAGGCUGUUAUGUCCUGUGAUGUCUACUGAUCACCCACCACACAUUGCCAGAACUCAGAUCUCCUACUACACAUAUCACACACACACGUACAUACGUGUACACACAUGCACAGGUACACACAUGCAUGUGCACACACAUACACAGGUACACAUACAUGUACACACACAUAUACUGGUAUACACACAUACAUACACACACGUAUACACAUAGACACAGGUACACAUACACACACACACCCCUGCCAGGAUAGUUCCUGUUGCAGACAGUAAUCACUUUAACUUCUGCUGAUAGCACCCUAAUGUUCACAGCUUAUCAGUUUCACAGGAAGGCAAGUGUAGUCAGUCUUGUCUGCAUAUGAAGUAUCUUGCCCUAGGGCCCAUAGUUAGUUCUGACAGGUCACACUCUCACCUUUGCCCCCGGAGCUACCCUGCCCAGUAUGGUGGUCACGACAUGUGGGCGCAGAGCAGUAAGGCGGGCUGAAGACAGCCCUCCAUGUGCUCAGACCUGGGCACGGGAAUGUGUUAUCUUAACUGGCAAAAUGGGGUUUGCAGAGGCAGUUAAGUUAAACAACUUUUUUGAGGGAGUAUCAUGGACUACCCAGGGGUCCAAGGUCAUCACUAAGGAGAUUAUAAAAAGAAUCAGAGGCACCCAAGGCAGAGACGAUAAGAAAUAAUGACAGAAACAGGAAGAGGUGACAACAGAAACUUCAGUUAGGUGGAUGCACCUUGAUGUGGAGGAAGAGGCCCCAAGUCUGCGUGCAGCACAAGGGACACCAUUCCCUAGGGAGCGACUGCAAAUGUCACUGCAGGCUUCCAACCUCCGGGUCUGGAGGCGAGCUUGGCUUCGAACCAACGCAUUUGUGGCAAUGUGUUCCAGCAGCCAGAGGAAGUGAACUCAGCCCUUGAAUUUUGCCUGCACCCAGUUGAGAAGUGCCGAACCUACAACACGGACUUCGCAGCAAAGAGAGGAUGUCGCUUAGCUCAUUGAUGUUUUAUGUGGCUGGCAGGCUAAAGCGAUUUCAACAUUCUGGGUAGAUUGGAUUUCUAGGAAACCUAGAAACACAUCCGUAGUCCAUGUGAGCUUGACACCCAACCAAACUAGAGGACUCUUUCCAUCGCCUUAGCCCAAAGGAACAAGCCCUCCCCUCCCCAUGUGGCCUGUGGCCAGUUCCGCAGAGCUGAAGAUGGGGUCCCCCUACACACACAUCCCCUGCAGGUGGGGAGCCCUGGUGGUGAGUGUCCCCACUCCAGCUUCCCCACUCCCAUCUAUCUCCAGGCCAGCCUGGUGUCCCUGUAAGACGUGAUGGCUAUUUUUAGCUCUCAGCACAGCUAGCUCUGAAGCUUUGCUGGGUGUAACCCAGCCCCAACCGCCAUUUCCCUGCCAACAUGGGUCUUAGGAGGGGUCAGUUCAAUAGUUCUGGGGCCCUUCUGGGCCUAUGAGCAAGCUCCCAACCUCCCUGGCAAGGAUAAGGGCCACAGUCCACGUUUUCGGAUAAUGAAACUGAGGUUCCUCUAGGCUCAGAGGUGGUCGGUCUGGAUCUUAGAAGGAAACCAUCUAACUGCAGCCUUCCUCGCAGCCUGACACUUGGCAGGGUGAAGCUGGAGGUCUGCCCACUCAGUGCCAGCUGCUUUAGGGUCUCACACAAGCUUCCCCAGGGGCAGAGGGAGGGAGCAUUUUGUGUCUGGGAAAGUAAUUUUGUUUUGUUUUGUUUUUCAGUGAUGGGGCUUGAUCCCAGGGCCCCUGGUGCACUAAGUGUCUUCACUACCACACCCUCAGCCCUAGAGAAGUAUUCUAAGCAAGACAAAAGCUAGCAGGCAACGUGGAGGAGGCUUGUGUGUAAACAGUUUUACUAGCUAAGCCAUCUCACAGGCCCACAGGCAAAUGUGCUCCUGAGUGGUCCUUUUCUGUAAAAUGGAGUCACAGCGACAAUGUGGUCGCUUACAGGCUUAGAGUAAACAGGGGAAGCAAACUAAUCUCCAUAGAAUUUUCAGCCCCAGGCCCAGCUCUGGAAACAAUGCAGUAGAGCCGUUGCUGCUACCCCGCCAGACCCUCCCAACCACCAGUGUGUAGAACAGGACACAUGCAGCAAAAUCAUGUGUUUGUUUAUGUGCUGGGGAUUGAAUUCAGGGUCUCGCGUGUGCUAAGUACACGCUCUACCACUGAGCUACUCCCCCCCCCCAGCUUCUCGGUAGCCAUCCAGGAGCUGAUAAAGCAAUGGCACCUGUUUUUUAAUCUACAGACUGACACCAGGCUGUUUGGGGAAUUGCACAGGAUUAAGUUAUUGUAUCAAGAAGCUGUGAAGCAAACGCAGGCUGCUACUGUGCCUUUGGCCAGGCCCAUCCUAAAGCCUUCCUCAGCACCGCACUGCCCGCCCCUAGGUUCAGCCUCAGCCUCCAGGAGGCUGCCUCCUGAGCCCCUUGCACAUCACAGUAUACUCCGAAGCUGACAGUUUCCCCUGUGCCCUGGUUAAUCUGACCGAUCAGCCGGGUUUCCUUGCAGUUCCCAGCUUUUCUGUAAUCAUCAGGUUUGACUGGAAAGGGGUUUUGUGGAUGUAAUUACCACUUAUAAUUGGUCGGUUUAAUCAAAGGAUUAUCCUGGUCGAUCUGUUAGCAGGUGCUAGGAACCAAACUGAGAUUUACCUGAAGAAGAAAGUUGUCUUGUGGGCGGGAGCGGCAGCUGGUCUUGUCCACUGCCUGAUGGGGGUGGGGCCUACUGGCCUCAGCAGACCCCGCAAUCAAGCCAGUUCUUGGCGAUAAAUCAACCCAAAUGAUUCCGCCCAAAAGAUUAUUUUACCCCCACUCGA